AUGUCGACUAGAAAAUAUGAAUCGGGCUAUUCGAAACUCAAGAAAAAGAAAAGAGUUGAAGCUUUGAUUGAAUCACAAAAAGGGGCUUUAGACAAAUUUGUUAAGACAAAUAAAAAAAGUGAAAUCGAAAAUAAUAGUGAUUGUUCGCUGAAUGAACAAGUUAAUAAUGUAAACCAUGAUGAAAAUGAAAAUCGAGAAGAGGUAGUUGAUGAACAAGUUAACAAUAUAUAUGCUAAUGAAAAUAGAGAAGGAAUAGCGGGUGAUAAUGAAAUUAUAGUAUCGGUUAAUAGGCAAGAUAAUAUUGAUUCUGACACUAACAAUGAAGAUAGAGAAAAAGUAUUAGAAAAAUCAUCUCAUAAAAAUAUAUAUGACCCAAGUCAAUGGACAACUAUUGACACAAAUUUGAGAGAUUUAUUAGUAGAAAAUGGUCCUAUUAAAGUUACCGAUAUAGAUUUUCCUAAGGAUGCAUAUGCAAGACACUUUUCUUCAUCAUUUUACAUUCAACAAUUAUCCAACGGAGAGAAGCGUGAAAGGAGAUGGUUGGUUUAUUCUCAAAAAUUGGAUAAAGUGUUUUGCUUUUGUUGUAAAUUAUUUAAUGCUCUUCAUAGUACAAGUAAAUUAGCACAUGAAGGUAGUAAUGAUUGGAGAAAUAUUAGUGCUAAGUUGAAGAGUCAUGAGAUGAGUAAUGAGCAUAUUGUUAAUAUGAGUUCAUGGAUUGAUUUAGAAAUGAGAUUAUUAAAAUAUAAAACAAUUGACAAGAAUGUUCAAGAAAGAAUUAAUAGAGAAAGAGAGCACUGGAGAAAUUUAUUACUUAGAAUCAUUGCAGUUGUUAAAACUCUUGGAAAAAAUAACUUAGCAUUUCGUGGAACAAACGAAAAGAUUUAUCAAGAAAAUAAUGGAAAUUUUUUAUGUCUAAUUGAAAUGAUUGCAGAAUUUGAUCAUCUAAUGCAAGAGCACAUUCGUCGAAUAAAAAAUGAUAAAAUUCAUAACCAUUAUCUUGGACAUAGAAUACAAAAUGAAUUAAUAGAUUUGCUAGCAAAUGAAAUAAAUAAAAAAUUAUAA